GGUCCGCAAGCAGCGAGCUUUUACAUCCCAUUCAGCGUUCGUUUCUUACACUUGCUCCUUUCUUUAGCUACCUUUCUAUUGCAACACUUCGCCUAUAGACAUCGGAGUAGCCCUGUUUCUGGAAAGCUAAAUCAACACAAUGGGGAACUUAGCUGAGGUGAUUUACGCUCACGGGCUGCUGGCCGUCUCACUUACUGCAAUUGUAUACUUGUUUGCGGAAGCUAUCUACAAUAUUUACUUUCAUCCAUUGGCCAAUGUUCCAGGUCCAUUCUGGUGCAAAGUCUCGGGUUGGCCUUCUUGCUAUCAAGCAUCGACCGGGUAUCGUCAUAUUUGGAUUUGGCAAAAUCACGAGAUUUACGGUGACAGAUUUCGUUAUCGACCAGAUGGAGUCCUGGUAGCCACCCCCAAGGGGUACCGUGAAAUUUACAAUUCCAAGGCGAAUGUGAAGAAGGCCAAGUGGUACGAGGUCUGGCGGAGAAACAAUGAAGAUUAUAAUGCGUUAAAUACGACCGACCCUCACAAACAUAUGGUGCUGCGAAGGCCCUUAAAUAGCGCCUUCUCAGAAAAAUCGUUGCGUUCGUCAGAGCCCUUCAUUAUCAAAAAUGUUGACCGCUGGAUUGAACUCAUGCUAGAUGGUAAAAAGACCGAAGGCACAACUGAGUGGGCGACACCGAAGAAUCUGGGCGGUGAAUGGGUUGACUACCUUGUUUUUGACAUACUAGGCGAUCUGUGUUUUGGAAAGUCUUUUGAGACAAUAGAACCCAAAGAAAACCCACUUCGUCAGAUUCCACAUAUCAUUGGCGAAUAUUUACAGUUCAUGUAUCCGAUCUCGAAUUCGCCCUUUCUUAGCACAUGGGUUUGGUUCAAGCCUCGCGGCAUUGAUAAGUUACUCGCUAUGGUUACUCCGAAGCCUGUGAUCAAUUUCUAUAAAUUUCUAGAAACAUGCGUAGAAGAGCGUGAGAAGCAAGAGCAGAGCACAGAAAAAAAUAGGCCGGAGAAUGAACGGAAAGAUAUGUUCCACUAUUUGUUCCAGGCAAAAGACUCUGAGACUGGCGCUCCCGCCUUCAAUCAUACCGAACUCGUCGCGACAGCCAAUCUUCUAGUAACAGCUGGCUCAGAUACUACUGCCACUGCUCUUUGUAGCGCAUUUUUUCACUUAACACGAAACUUGCAUAUCUACGAAAAGCUUGCGAAAGAGAUACGAGUCACCUUCUCUUCAGCCGACGAUAUCCGCUCUGGUAUAUCUCUUUCCAACUGCCAGUAUCUGCAAGCCUGUUGUCUUGAGGCUAUGCGAAUGUCACCAAGUGGACCAUCCGAGCUUCUACGCCAAGUCCUUCCCGGUGGUGCUGAAGUUGACGGUCACUGGUAUCCAGAAAACACUCUGAUCGGUGUCCCAAGCUACUCAUUACACCACCACCAGGAGACAUUCAAAGAUCCAUUCGUCUUUCGACCAGAGCGCUGGAUAGAAAAUGAGGAACUAGGCAUCUCUGCCGAGAAUGUUGCCGCUCUCCAAGAAUCAUUCAAACCUUUUUCUAUCGGUCCUGGCCAGUGUCCUGGUAAGAAUAUUGCUUUGCUUGAGAUGUAUGUGACUUUGGGUAGGACGAUUUAUGGUUGCGAUGUUCGUCGACCAGUUGAUGAUAUAUCGAACCGUGGAUCUGGUAGACCUGAGUAUAUUUGGGGACGGAGAAAUAAAAACCAGUAUCAAGUUGUCGACGCCUUUCUUGCUCUGAGAAAUGGACCAGUAGUUCAGCUUCGUCGAAGAGAAACUUCAUGAGCGAUUCGGAGAUUCGGUUUGUUGGUGAAAUCGGGCAGUGUUUACGCUAUAUGUCAAUGCCAUUAUGAGAUCUCCAUUCUUUCCCUUCACAAUUUUUAUGAAAUUCCGGAUUAUUUUGCUUGAAAGUACUCAUAAAGGGCUUAACCUAUAUGGAUGUUGAAGUGGAGAGCUUGGCAUUCCACAGCCAUUUCCGACGCUCCCACUCCCACUCCCAAUUUAUCCAACUGCCA